ACUCUCUAGUUUCCACCUCCAUCCUCCAUCCUCCUGCUGCUGCUGCUGCUUCACUUCACAGGGCUUGAGAUGAGGCGGAAGGAGAAGAGGCUGCUGCAGGUCGCCGGGCUGCUCAUAGCGGCUCUCCUCUUCCUCCCUAACGUCGGGCUGUGGUCUCUGUACCGGGACCGAGUCUUCGACAACUCGCCCAACACGGACGGACCUGGAGGCAUCCUCCGGAUACAGGGGUUGAACCAGAUGCGGAAGGUCGCUCAGGUGGGACUGGAUGGCGUGCGGCGAACAGAUUGGCACGACUACGAAGCGAUGAGGAGAGAUGCUGCUCGCUCAGGUAACGGUGAACAGGGGAAGCCGUUUCCUCUGACAGAAAGUGACCGGGUGGACCAGGCCUACAGGGAAAACGGCUUCAACAUUUACAUUAGCGACCGGAUCUCCCUCAACCGCUCCCUCCCUGACAUCCGCCAUGCAAACUGUAAACCGAAGCUGUACGCGGAGAAGCUGCCCAACACCAGCAUCAUCAUCCCGUUCCAUAACGAGGGCUGGUCGUCGCUGCUGAGGACGGUCCACAGCGUGCUCAACCGCUCUCCUCCACAGCUCAUCGCAGAGGUCAUCCUGGUCGACGACUUCAGCGACAAAGAGCACCUAAAGGCGGCGCUGGAGGAGUACAUGAUGCGGAUGCCGAAGGUUCGCAUCCUGAGGACCAAGAAGAGGGAGGGGCUGAUCAGGACUCGCCUGCUGGGAGCCGGCGCCGCUAAAGGGGAAGUCAUCACCUUCCUGGACUCCCACUGUGAAGCCAACUCCAACUGGCUGCCUCCACUGCUGGACCGAAUCGCCCAGAACAGGAAGACCAUCGUGUGUCCGAUGAUCGACGUGAUCGACCACGACAACUUCGGCUACGACACGCAGGCGGGGGACGCCAUGCGAGGGGCGUUCGACUGGGAAAUGUACUACAAACGGAUCCCCAUCCCUCCGGAGCUGCAGAAGGACGACCCCAGUGAACCCUUCGAGUCACCAGUGAUGGCAGGUGGACUGUUUUCUGUGGACAGGAAGUGGUUCUGGGAGCUGGGAGGAUACGACACGGGUCUGGAGAUCUGGGGAGGAGAACAGUAUGAGAUCUCAUUCAAGGUGUGGAUGUGCGGUGGUCGGAUGGAGGACAUCCCUUGCUCCAGGGUAGGACACAUCUAUAGGAAGUACGUCCCCUACAAGGUCCCUGGUGGGAUCAGCUUGGCGAAGAAUCUAAAACGCGUGGCCGAGGUGUGGAUGGACGAGUACGCCGAAUACGUCUACCAGCGUCGGCCCGAGUACCGCCACCUGUCGGCGGGAGACAUGACGGCCCAGAAGGAGCUGAGGAACCGCCUCAACUGCAAGAGCUUCAAGUGGUUCAUGAGCGAGGUGGCCUGGGAUCUGCCCAAACACUACCCGAUGGUGGAGCCGCCUGCUGCUGCUUGGGGAGAAAUAAGGAACGUGGGCAGCGGGAUGUGCAUGGAGAUCAAACACUUUGUGUCAGGGAGCCCCAUCCGCCUGGAGAACUGUGUGAAGGGGCGGGGCGAGGUGGCCUGGAGCCAUGGACAGGUGUUAACAUUUGGUUGGAGGGAGGACAUCCGGGUGGGCGACCCAAUACACACUAGGAAGGUCUGCUUCGACGCCGUCUCCCACAGCAGCCCCGUCACCCUCUACGACUGUCACGGCAUGAAGGGCAACCAGCUGUGGCGCUACAGAGAGGAUAAGAGUCUGUAUCACCCCGUCAGUAACAGCUGCAUCGACAGCAGCCCGAGCGAGCGGCGGGUCUUCAUGAACACGUGCGACCCCUCCUCUCUUAGCCAGCAGUGGCUGUUUGAGAGAACCAACGCCACCGUGCUGGAGCACUUCAACCGGGGCGCCAACUGAGGCCACUGGACGGUGAGAUGAGGCGUCUUCCACGGAAAAAAAGACCAUGAAACAAUGAUCAGCUUUGAUCAGAUAAGAAUGGAAGCUACAAGUGAAUAACGUGCUGCUCCAGAAACAUCCUCCGUGGUACAGCAGUGAUCCAGUGCGCUGGUCGGACCACACAACAACCCCCAGAAUACAAUCAUGCAGCGUGAGCUUGUGAUGAGGAAGAAGGGUAGGAGAACCACGGUCCUGUGGAGAAAACACAGAGCUCAAGUUUGGACCUCAAGAAUCUCCAAGAGUCAAAAACCACAAACUCUGCUGGAUUUAAUGGAUUGUCUCGUCUUUUGCCUCUUUUCACCUCGUCUUUUUCAAUUGUUGCCUUAACAAUUCCGACCAUGGGAAAUACCUGCUCCCUAUGCGUCCAUCCAAGGUACCAAAUCAAGCAUAUGAGGACAUAUGCGGGACUUUUGCAAGCCAAAAACUCUAUGGAAACUGGAAUUGCCAAACAUCUUUGGAACAAUCAUUGCUGCACAGUGUGCAGAUGAAUUGCAAGAAUAUGUCUUUUAUAGACGGAACACAAUCUUGUACGGACUCAUCUUUAAAGUGCAAUUGUUUUUUCUACUGAGCAAUAAAGCAACAAAAUUACACAGGUUAUGUCCAUUUCUAUCACAAGAUGAUUUUUGUUUUGUUAAAUGCUUAUAAUAUUUUGUGCUGUCUGACAAUUUAAUGCUCAAACACGUUCAUGAAUCAGAUUCCUUAAAGGCCUGAGGGAAUUAUACAGAACACACUGUAUAAUGAAUACAGAGAAUGUGUCAUCAGCCGGGAUAUAUUACUAUCAAGUGAAAACUCAACAGCAUGUCUGUCUAUUAACAAACUGAAAACUUUGGUCCGAAGUGGAAUACCCCGACCCGCAAUGAUUUCUACGUGUAAGAAGUUACAAACAGUCCCUUUAAAAAAAAUGAAAACAAACUUGAAACUUCUAG